AACGUCACUUCCGGUGUACACAGCCGGUCCGGGCGGUGUGCUGGGGGUCGGAGCCCGUCGCAGGUAUCAGAAACUAUAACCAGUGAUGUCCAGAUAUUGCUAACCAGAGCCAGAGAUUCUGUAGAAAUUACCCCAGGGAGUGAAAAACAGCAUAUUUUUCCAAGCUUCCUCUCUGAAUACCCAGGGAGAAAUUGGUAUUUGGCUUGUGAUUAGAAGAAUCCUGUCUACAAACCACCUGCCAGCUACUUUUCUCUCAAGAUUUUGUCUUUCUGCGUCCGGUACUUUAGCCCAGCUGGGUAUAUCCUGAACAGACCUGGUGCUCUCCUGCUUCAGGGCCUUUGCUGAGAUGAUUCUUCACUUGGAACUUGAGCAUUCUUGGAUUUUGGAGACCUUCAGGGAGUCCUGGAAUCAGUCCUUCAUGGAUACCAAGGGACAAGUGAAUUCAUCCGAUCUUCUUGCCGAUUAGUGAACUCCCUAAGGAGGAAAACAAGCCAGGCCUUGUUCAAGGUGUCACAGGAAAUGACUUAGAGGCCUUAUGAAUACAUCUGUGCAUUCUUGCUUCAGACUUUGUAAAUGAGGGCCAACCCAGUCUGCAAGCACCUUUUAUUAAUGUUAUAAGGAAAUCACUACCUCAGCAAACAAAAGGAAAGGAGGAGAACACUUAUAAUAACAAAUGCCAUUUUUAAAGAAAACUUGUUUUCAGAAAACAUUGCAGGAAAUUUGGAAAUUUUUAGUUUUGAGGAGAAGCUUUACAGGUAAAUGGAUUUGACAGGCAGGCUCUGUCAAAAUUCUGCAGAAGUUUGAUCUUCCUUCUUAAGGACUUUGUGUGUAGUAACCAUGUAUUGCUUUUUAAAUUGCUGUUGAUCAGCUUGUGGGUUUUUGGGUUCUAACUUUUUGGUAUACUGAAGAUACAUUAUAUUACAUUUUUAAAAAGUUAAGUUAUUUUUUUGCCAUUGUAAAUAUAAGUAUCAAAAUAUUCUCCCAAAGCAAUUAUAAGUAAACAUUUUCCUCAGCAAGCAUACCUUUUUAUUAAGAGAGUGGAAUGCAAAACAGUUCUUAUACAGCAUUUUGAACACACUUUUAUUUUUUUGUCAGUGGUCCUGUCUACACUGAAAAUAUUAAUUAUAUAAACCAUUUGUCCUCACCUCUAUGUUGGAUCACAUGAUCAUCUGCCUCAUGGAAAUGCCUUUUUUAAAACUUAGAUUUGCAGAACUCCACUAUUUUUAUACCUAGCUGCAGUUUUGAAAAAAAAAAAAAAAAAAAGAAUCAGAACCCUGAUCUGCUCUCAGUCCUUGGGACAGUUCCCCAACCCGCAUGUAUUGCUGCAGUGCCCAGGAUAGUAAAAUGGACUACAAGCGGCGCUUCCUGCUUGGCGGGUCCAAGCAGAAGGUACAGCAGCACCAGCAGUACCCGAUGCCUGAGCUGGGCCGAGCACUGAGCGCUCCCCUGGCAUCCACAGCCGCCUCUGCGCCCCUGGGCAGUCUGACUGCUGCAGGCACCUGCCACCAUACCAUGCCACACUCCACUCCCAUCGCUGACAUCCAGCAGGGUAUCUCCAAAUACCUGGACGCCCUCAACGUCUUCUGCCGUGCCAGUACUUUCCUCACAGAUCUCUUCAGCACUGUGUUCCGAAACUCGCAUUACUCAAAGGCGGCCAUGCAGCUCAAAGAUGUGCAGGAGCAUGUCAUGGAAGCAGCCAGUCGGCUGACCUCAGCCAUAAAGCCUGAGAUUGCCAAGAUGCUGAUGGAACUUAGUGCUGGGGCUGCAAACUUUACAGAUCAGAAAGAAUUCAGUCUCCAGGACAUUGAGGUGUUGGGGCGAUGUUUCUUGACAGUGGUACAAGUCCAUUUCCAGUUUUUGACCCACGCAUUACAGAAGGUCCAGCCAGUGGCUCAUUCUUGUUUUGCUGAGUUUGUUGUGCCAGAAAAAAAGAACAGUGGUGGCAGCGGCUUAUCUGGCAUGGGCCAUACACCCGAACUGGAGGAAGCUGUGCGAUCCUGGCGGGGGGCUGCUGAGGCAACAUCUAGAUUAAGAGAAAGAGGCUGUGAUGGCCGCCUGGCAGGAAUUGAAGUUCAGCAGCUCUUUUGUUCUCAAAGUGCAGCAAUUCCUGAGCACCAACUAAAAGAACUGAACAUAAAAAUUGACAGUGCUUUGCAAGCAUAUAAGAUAGCUCUGGAAAGUUUAGGCCACUGUGAAUAUGCAAUGAAAGCUGGCUUCCACCUAAAUCCAAAGGCGAUUGAAGCAAGUUUGCAGGGUUGCUGCAGUGAGGCGGAAGCGCAGCAGACUGGGCGGAGGCAGACACCCCCACAGCCCAUGCAGUGCGAGCUUCCCACUGUCCCUGUGCAGAUAGGAUCACACUUCCUGAAGGGCGUCUCCUUUAAUGAGUCGGCAGCGGACAAUCUGAAACUUAAGACGCAUACAAUGUUACAGUUGAUCAAGGAAGCAGGCUGCUAUAAUGGACUUACACCCAGAGAUGAUUUUCCAGUGACUGAAGUACUGAACCAGGUGUGCCCAUCUACAUGGCGGGGUGCCUGCAAGACUGCUGUGCAGCUUCUAUUUGGCCAAGCUGGACUGGUGGUAGUUGACACAGCACAGAUUGAAAAUAAAGAAGCCUAUGCCCCCCAAAUCAGUUUAGAAGGCUCCAGAAUCGUGGUUCAAGUCCCAUCUACAUGGUGCCUGAAAGAAGACCCUGCUACCAUGUCUCUGCUGCAGAGAAGCCUCGAUCCUGAGAAGACCCUGGGUCUGGUGGAUGUGCUUUACACAGCUGUGUUGGACAUAAACCGAUGGAGGGCUGGGAGGGAACAAGCUUUACCCUGCAUACAGAUACAACUUCAAAGGGAAAUUUGUGAUUUUGGGAACCAGGCUGACCUGCCUUCUGGAAAUGGAAACAAGUCUUCAGGUGGCCUGCAGAAGACAUUCUCCAAACUGACAUCCAGGUUCACCAAGAAAGUUUCAUGUACCAGCUCCAGUGGCAGCACAAAUUAUUCCAUCCCAAGUACCCCUUCCAAAAAUGUCUUCAUAGCUGGGUGUUCGGAAGAGAAGGCCAAAAUGCCUGGUAACAUUGACACACGGUUACAAAGCAUUUUGAACAUUGGUAAUUUUCCUAGGACUACAGACCCUUCACAGUCAGCUCAGAAUUCCAGUAAUCCAAUGGCCAAUGGUUUUCUCCUAGAGAGGCGUGAGAACUUCCUGCCUGGGGAUGAUGGCAAGGAUGACAAGGGUAUGAACUUACCAACUGAUCAGGAAAUGCAGGAGGUGAUAGACUUUCUCUCAGGCUUUAACAUGGGCCAGUCGCAUCAGGGUUCCCCAUUGGUGACAAGGCGUAAUUCUGCUGCAACAGCCAUGGUGACUGAGCAGAAGGCAGGAGCCAUGCAUCCACAGCAGCCAUCAUUGCCGGCGCCCCCUUCAUCACGGCCACCACAGGCUGGGGCACACGCAAGUCUGACAUCCCAGCCAGGUUUGGCAUCUCAGCAGCAGUCCCCAAAGCAACAACAACCCCAGGUCCAGUACUACCAACAUCUGCUUCAACCCAUUGGACCACAGCAGCCCCCACCCCAGCCUCGGGCACCUGGGAAAUGGGUACAUAGCUCAUCCCAGCAGCCAGCACAGCCUGUUGGAGCAAAUCUGUCUCCUCUUGGUCAGUGGCCUGGCAUAUCUGAUCUCAGUUCUGAUUUGUACAGCUUGGGCCUAGUGAGCAGCUACAUGGAUAAUGUGAUGUCAGAGGUUUUGGGACAAAAACCACAGGGACCUAGAAAUAACACCUGGCCAAACCGUGACCAAAAUGAUGGAGUCUUUGGAAUGUUGGGAGAGAUUCUGCCUUUUGAUCCUGCAGUGGGCUCAGACCCAGAGUUUGCACGCUAUGUGGCAGGAGUGAGCCAGGCAAUGCAGCAGAAGCGGCAAGCCCAGCAUGGUCGUCGUCCUGGCAACCCCCGGGGCAACUGGCCACCCAUGGAUGAUGCCCAUCGGACCUGGCCUUUUCCAGAAUUCUUUACAGAAGGGGACGGCCUGCACAGCGGCUGGUCGGGUGCUCAGGGAGACUCAGCCAGCUCCAGUGAUGAGACGUCUUCAGCCAAUGGGGACAGCUUGUUCUCCAUGUUUUCAGGACCUGACCUCGUUGCUGCUGUCAAGCAGAGAAGGAAACACAGCAGUGGAGAGCAGGAGACCAGCAUGCUACCCUCACCGCCUCUCUUAACUACAGUGGAGGACAUGAACCAGGAUAACAAAACCAAAACGUGGCCUCCCAAAGCACCCUGGCAACACCCUUCCCCACUGCCCAGCACACUGCCCAGCCCAAGUGCACCACUCUAUGCAGUCGCCAGUCCCGGCAACCAGUGGAACGACACCAUGCAGAUGCUGCAAUCUCCUGUGUGGGCUGCAACCAGCGACUGCAGUGCUGCCUCCUUCUCUUAUGUGCAGACCCCACCCCAACCCCCACCCCCACCAGCACACAAGGCAGCACCCAAGGGCUUUAAGGCCUUCCCUGGGAAGGCUGAACGCAGGCCAGCCUACUUGCCUCAGUACUGACCCAGGGCCAUUCUUCCUGCCCACCCAGAGCUGUUGGGGUCAGUAUUCCCACCCCAGGGCUGACUAGCUCAUACCAGCCCCUCAGAGGACCAGUGCACCCCAUCCCAGGARGUUUCCUUGGGAACAGGGGUGAUUGGCAGCUCCAAGCCUUUAAAGCCUGGUUUCUGAAGGCAGCAGACCCCUGGAGAGCCAGCUGGUGAUAGAUCACACUCAGGGGGUUGCUGGAUAAUCCGCAUGCUUAAUAAGCACCUGGAGUGAUUAUGAUGCAGGUGGCCAGAGGCCACACUUUGAGAAACAUAGUUCUGAGGUUAUUAAUCCUGCUAUAUGUUAGGAAGACAUCGGGUCUGAAGGCCAAGAGCAAAACUGACCAUUCUUAUGAAACCCUCUUAUUCCUCCUUAACACAUUGAGUGGUGACCACACCCAUCACUGAUUUCAUAGCUAUUUUCAUGUAGAUUUUUAGCUAAAACAUCUCGUGUCUAAAGUGCAUUGAACAUAUUAAGAUACAGAUAUACCGGCUGGAGGUUUGCUCAACACUAAUCUUUAUUUAAGCACAAAAACAGGAAAACAGAAUAUUUAUGAUCAGAAGCAAUCACCUGGGUUUUCUGUGGGUGAGCUGCCCCUUUUACCCAGAAACAUCCAGGAAUACAGCCUUUGCCAGAUUUACAAAAGCAGGAUUAUAUAGCUGAUGUCAGAAGUAUAUUCCUGACAGUGCAUGAGGAUGAGCCAGCAGGCUGCUGGUGUGUGCAAAGUAAGGCUUCACCUGCUGUCCUCAGAUCCUUCCACACAUGGCUGGAGGCAUGAAGGGUCCUCAAAGUGGGGAAGUGUGGUCAAAGGGCUGCACAGAGACACCUGCACUAGAAACUGCAGUAACAUUUGUGAGCUGGUUCAAAAGACAAACCAGUUAAGAUGUAGAUAAGAAUUAAAGUCUUUUAAAAAAGAAAAUCCACCUCAUUUUCGGUUAACAUGUGCCAUUAAAAAGAUAACAUCCUGUGGAAUUAGGAUAUUUUCCAGCCAGAAUGGAUCCAGAAGAAUUGAAUGGUGCUUAAAUUGAGAAAUAAUAAUAAAUAUAUCUAUAUAGAAUAGACAUAUCCCACUGUAAAUUAAUUGAGGUUGCAGAAAGUUCUUUAUAUAAAACUUAUUUAAAUUUUUCAUAUUUCAUCUUUGAAAAAGUCUAAUUGAGAAAAAUCCAUGAUAUUUUCUGGUAUGAAAGUUUGACAGUAUUAAUAUUUUUUUUAUAUUUUCUUAAGUCAUUAAACCAUUUUAAUAUAUGUUAACUACUAAUAAAUGGUUUAUUCUUUCUAACUCCAUAUAAGCUUUUCCAGCAAAGAUUGUAAUAACACAUUUAUGUUCUCAUUUUUCUACAGAUAUAAGUAAAUUUCUAUUUAAAAAUACCAAAAAGGAUAAAUAUCUGUGUACACACACACCACACACCCACACCCACUUACACACAUACACAUACACAUUUUAGAGGACCCUUAGGGUGUCUGAGCCCAGUCACCUGAAUUUUUAGUACUGUGUUGUCAGGCUGUUUCCAGGCCUUGGGUGUUGUCUUUUGUGCUGUGUGGGGAUGCCAUUGCUGCCUGUACUUAAUGAUCCUUUCACCAUGGGUUCUGAAUAUUCACCUCACCAUGUUUACAGAUAACUAUUUUGUACAUAGAGUUUUUCAGGCACAUGCUUUGCAUCAAUCCUGCGUGGCUCUCGUCUGUGUUAACUGUCACAGUGUGCACACUAAUCUGUUGGAAGUUCUUUGUGACUGUUUUACUUGUAAGAUAGUUUUCUAUUUCCUUCAGUAAUGUGUCCACAGUGCCCUGUAUUCCGAGUUCUAUUAUACUAAAGUACUCUUAUUUUAAUAGUGCCUCCCCAAAGACCUCACCCUGGACAGAGGUCAAUUCUCAAUGCCCCAGCGCAGGUGACAUUGUUAAACUGUCACUUUCCAAUUUUUUUCUUCUUUCCUAUUAUGAAAGAUAUUUUGUAAUUGCAUCUCCAUGGGCUGUGACUGUGUGAAGCUGUUUGUGUAGUUUCCAUGUAGGUGCUGUGUGCCCAGCACCACCUUGCUCUGAACACUGGUAAUUCCAGGUGCUGCGCUCGGCAGAGGGGUCUUGCCAAAGCGCGCGCGCGUGCGUGUGUGUGUGCGUGUGUGUGUGUGUGUGUGUGUGUGUGAGAGAGAGAGAGAGAGAGAGAGAGAGAGAGAAAGUGUGUGUGUGCGCAUGUGCGUGCAUGUGUCCUUUGCAUGGCCGGGCGUGGCUGCCUUGCUCCGGCAUCAGCAGGACAUUGUGUGAAUAGUUACAAUGCUUCCAAACUGGAACUCUACAUUUUGUAUCUUACUUUUAAAAGCUCCUAUAAGUAAAGUAACU